AUGUUCUUGAACAAUGCUUUGAGACUUGUACGAUAUAACGUCCACUUUCAACGGGCCAUUCGCUACGCGAGCAGUUCGAAAGCAGGAACAACUGUUAAAAAGUUCACACUGCCUAUAACCAGAUUGAAGGACACUCAAAGUGAGAUUGAGUUCUGUGUAGAUACGAAUGCGCCGCUGGAGCCUUCUAAAAGUUCCAGGAAAGCCAAUAGAGGUGCUCGUACGACAAGCAGCUCAUUGCCGCCCUCACUACAAUAUGUCCGAGAUACUAUGGAUAAAUACAAAGAUUACGUGGUGCUAACACAAAUGGGCUCAUUUUAUGAAUUGUAUUUCGAACAUGCAGAACUUUACGCGCCAAAGCUUAACCUAAGUUUAACCAGUCGCGACUAUGUGCAUGGGAAAGUGGCUUUCGCAGGGUUUCCUGUUCACCAAAUACAACGUCAUUUAAAAGUCUUAGUCAAAGAACAUGGGUUCAGUGUUGCGGUUGCCGAUCAAUUCAGAAAAGAAACCGCCUGCUCCAAUGAUGCAAACCGAUUUUUACGAAGAGUCACUCGAAUUGUUACUCCAGGAACUUUUAUUGACGAAGCGUUUGAGAAUUUACAAGAAAACACUUAUCUGCUCAGUCUUGAUUUCCCUGAAAACUGCAUGCAAAAGCCUGCUGAUUUAGAUUUGAAAGUAGGCUUAUGCUGGUGUGACAUAUCUACUGGCGAAGUUUUUGUUUUACAAGUGCUUCUGAAAGAUGUGGUUUCGGCAAUAGUGCGCAUAGCACCCAGAGAAAUUCUUUUGGAUGAGGAAUUGGUAAAGUUUAGUAUCGAAAACGGUGCGUGGUAUCCAGAGCUUGUGGAGCUGAAGAAAUAUUUUGUUACCUAUCAACGUCUGCCGUCGCGCCAUCGAGAGAUUCGAUCUUUUUACCAACUCUUCUAUUGCGGAGAAACGCACAAUCAGAAUUUCGCCGAGCUGGACAUGUCGUUGCAAGAUCUCACACAGAAAGAGAUCGCCGCACUAAGAAAAGCGCUGCUGUACCUUGAAGAGCAUUUGCCAGACACGGCUGUAAACCUACAGAUUCCACAAAGACAACUGACUAGUUCCAUAAUGCAGAUUGACUCGAGAACUAGCUCAGCAUUGGAGCUAAACACUACGCUUCGAACAAAUUCUAGGAAGGGUUCAUUACUGUCGGUGAUACGCCGGACUGUGACGCCGUCUGGUAGUAGACUUUUAGCGCAGUGGCUUUCAGCACCAUCACUGGACAUAUCAGAAAUCCAUAAGCGCCAAAAGAUCGUGGCUCUUUUCCGAAUAAACUUUGAUAAAACUGAAGCUUUGAUUAGGCUGCUAAAGCAAACAUAUGACAUGCCGCGCAUAAUCCAAAUGUUUUCAUUUGGUAAAGGCAAUGCUGCUGAGGUGUUGCAACUUUCCCAAUCGCUGAAAAGAGCCGAAAGUAUUGGUUCUUUCAUCGAAAGAGAGCUUUUUGGCAGAAAGAGCGGUACCAAGAAACUCCUUGUACCCUUGGUCCAAUCUUUGAUUUACGACAAAGACCUAAUUGACAGAGUCCAUUGUUCUCUCGAUGAGGAGCAGCUAAGGACUUUUGAAAAGGUUCAAGCGAAUGAUGCGACAGAAAACGAGGACGGGACGGGGGAUUCCUCUGAUCAAUAUCGCGACUCGCCUCUUUGGGUAGUUAGGCCAGAAUCUAAUAGCAAGCUACAAGACUUGCACCAGCACUAUAAAUCCCUGUUGGCAAAUCGUGAUACCCUAAAAAAAGAGCUUAUGGAAACAUUUACAGGUAAAAUUCAAGCCAGGACGUUGCAACUAAAGGUUAAGCAAACAAGCGAGUAUGCAAUCCAUAUUUCAGCUACCGCGGCUAACAUGAAAGAAAUCACAAGAUAUUUAAGAGAUGGACUUCAAUUUCAGGGAAGCACCUUCCGCGUCUUGCAAAAAUCGCCUCAAAUAAUAUGGCUGAGCCAUAAAUCUUGGGUAGAUCUGGGACAGGAGCUUCACUACGCAACAGCCAGAAUAAGAAACGAGGAAGAGAAUGUAAUUGACGAGUUCAAACGCGAAUUUGUGUCCAAAAGUAGUGCCAUUAGAAGCGCAGCUCACACACUUGACUACCUAGAUGUCUUGGCAUCUUUUGCGCAGCUCGCGUUAGAAAAAAACUUGGUUAGCCCGCAAGUCGACUCCUCAUACAAUCUUACUAUCAAAGAUGGACGUCAUAUCAUGGUGGAAGACGCACUCACCACACGGUCGCUCGAAAAAUUUACACCCAACGAUACAGAUCUGGAUGCUGGUGAACUGUGGAUCAUUACGGGACCAAAUAUGGGGGGAAAGUCAACAUACUUGAGACAGAAUGCGAUAAUAGCUAUUCUAGCACAGAUUGGGUGUCCAGUGCCUUGCAAAUCUGCAAGGAUAGGCAUUGUUGAUAAAAUAUUCAGUCGGAUUGGUUCAGCCGAUGAUCUGUACAACGAAAUGAGCACUUUCAUGGUAGAAAUGAUAGAAACUGGUUAUAUCCUUAAGGGCUCAACUUCAAGGUCGUUGGCAAUUUUGGACGAGAUUGGAAGAGGCACAAGCGGUAAAGAAGGUGUGAGCAUCGCUUAUGCUGCGUUGAAGCACCUCAUUGAAAAGAAUAGAUGUAGGUCUUUAUUUGCAACGCACUUUGGUAAGGAACUUCACAGCCUGAUUGAAUUGAAAUGUGAGUCCUCAUUACGAGAACAGGUAAGCUACUAUCAAAGCGCUGUGCAUGAUGAUGGAGGUGACUCAUUCUUGUACGACCACAAGCUCACACCAGGUAUUUGCGAGAAGUCUGAUGCUAUCAAAGUAGCUCUGAAGGCUGGCUUUCCGAAAAGUGCUUUAGAAGAUGCUAAAGAAGUUUUAAUGGGUUACGGCCAAUGUACAUGA